AUGGAGGACGUCCAGCGUUCGACUGCUCAUUUACUUGCUAUGAAACGUAGAUUUUUUCCUGCACAAAAAUAACUCAACAAUGACAAGAAGAUAGUUUUCUUUGGUGAUUGUUUCCAGCUGUCGUCAAAGAUGGCGAUGGAAAAGUUUGCAGUGAUCAAAGACACCCAUAAUAAGGGAAUCACUGCGCUCUCCUACAACCCCAUGAAACAUGAGAUUCUUGUGGGUUUUAAAGGUAAGUGAGAGUUUAUUUAAGCUUUCUUAACCUUAGUUGAGAUUGUAGCGGAAGAUAUUCACGAGUGAUAUCGAUUAAGGAAGCCGAGUGCCGACGUUUCUACUAGUGUCAGCUGUUUUGGGAUCGCCCUCUUGAUAAAAAGUACAUUGGAUAGUAUACCGCUUAGUAUAGGAACUAUUAUCCAGCAAUUGGUAAAUUUGGCGGGCUAUUACAAAAUGAUGAUUAAUCCUUAUUAAGCUCUCUCCAGAUGGUGCCAUGGAGAAGUCAGUAAAAAGUUUUAGUUGAGGGUCACAGUAAAGACAAUGUCAAAGUAAUGCACUAGUCAAUUGCAACCACGACCCCCAAACCCCAGGGGAAUAGUGGGGAAAUUUACAAAAAUAUCCUCGUGAUGGAGAGGAUUUACCCAAGGCUCUAGGGACUUUAAAAAUGCGGACGCGUUUUCUUUCUUUUUUUUUUUUGAAACUUAAAGGAGCUGUGUCACGAAAUUCAGCCAAAUUAUUAGGAAAUUACAAAAUGCCCGUUAAAUUAAGAGAAACAUAAAUAUCCAUUUAAAACUUUAAAGGAAGGAUAAAAUAACAUAACAGAAACAACAGAUGCCACGGAUGGGCAAAACUGAAGAAGAUUGAAAUGGAUUGAAGUUGAUCUCUGCUGCUCGCAACUUCAAAAAUUAUGCUCAGGAGACAUAUUUGUUUGUCAUGGAUCUCUGAUUUUGUCACUUACAUGUAAUUUCUUUGCUUCCUUUAAGUUCGAUAGCGAUUGAGGGCGAGUAAUCAGCAAAAUUAAACAAAAUUAACUGGACUGUCGUGACUCAGCCCCUUUAAUACUCGCACCUUAAUAAAUAAUUGUAUUUUAAUAUAAGCACAUGCACAUCUGCUGAUCUACUACCCUUUGCAGAUUAUACGAUUAGAACUGGAAUUAGAACUCAGCUUGUUGUAAUUUCUUUUUCAGAUGGAGUCAUCAAAGUGUGGGAUUAUUCAACAGGUGAAGCAGGAAAACUACUCCGCUCGGUUCGGGAGCAUGAUGGAUGGGUUACCAGCUUCCUGUUUUGGUUAGUCAACACUCCAGCUGAUCAUCAAAGACCAACUUGUUUUUUCUUCUCCGGCACAUUUUUUUAAAACCAACGGAUUAAUGAAAAUCACUAUCUAGUGGAAAAGUAUUAGGGAAACCAAUUUCAUUAUCCACUUGAUAUAAUAUCUGGUGCCUGCUUUUCUCUUUUGGUAUCUAAUCUGCAGUUUGCAGCUUUUUGAAGUAGAAACUCCAAAAUUAGUGGGGUAGGAACUUAUUGAUCAAACCCUUUUGUUAUGAUAAUUUCAAAUAAAACUGUUUUGUGAUGCUGUUUCUUUUCUUUUCCUGCCAAUAGGGGAGAUGCUAAACUUCUCUUUUCCGCCGCAAAUGAUGGAACUAUUAUCGCCUGGGGAUCUGGUGGAGCAGUUUAUGACAGGAUUCCAGUAAGUUAUUAACUUGCUUAUUCCCCUUAGUAUUGCACUGCAUACUAAUAUUAUUUUGUUGUAUUUUAGAUUGGGUCUCCUGUGUAUUGCAUGUCGUGGAAUGCAAGAAGAAAUCAAAUAGUCGCAGCUGUGGAUUCAACUGUGCAGGUCUUUAAUAUGAGAGAUCCAGGUGAGUUACAUUUCAUGCUAUAUGAGCAUUUUUUUAUAUGUUCUUUUUAGGUGCAUUGACUGGCCUUAUUGGUAGCAAUAGUUCACCACAUCCCUGAAAGUUCUUUUGUUAUCUAGAUCCAACAAUCUCUCCCUACUAUUAGUGGAGAAGGGUCUGGUCUCAUAUUUAGAUCAUGUUGAAGGUUGAUUACAUUGUAUCCCGGGGGGGGACUCCUAUAUGAAAUAGACGGGGAUGCUCGUCAGAAAUUUUGAAUUUAACCCCUAAAGGAGACCAUCUGGGCGUGGCUCAAGCUUUUUGUGACCCCUAAAGGAGACCAAUCUGGGCGUGGCUUAAGCAAAUUUUGACCCCUAAAAGAGACCGCUUAAAAACACACAAAUACGACAUGCAAUGAGUUUUAAUGAUUUUAAGACAUAAUCAUCGAAUGCUUUUAUCUAAAAGUAGUUUUUAAAAGCGUUGUCAUUAAUCUCAAGUUUUUCGCGGAACCCUAAAUGAGACCUUGGCGGCUUAAAAUAUUGGCGCUUUGCCCAGAACACCCUAAGCGAGACCAAAAUCCAAAAUUUACACCCCUAAGCGAGACGACGAGCAUCCCCGUCUAUUUCAUAUGGGAGUCCCCCCCCCCGGGCAUUGUAUUCCAUAACCAACUUGAGCUUUCAUUGACCUUGCCCACAAAAGAGUAACUUAUAAACAGCACAAUAAUUUUUUAUACACACACUGUAUGCCUGCUUUUUUUUUUUAAUCAUGCACCCCACUCUGAUAAUAAUACUCCACAGGUAACCCAAUAGACCCUUGAAGUCUAUAUUAUAAUAUAUCCCCUAUGCACACAUCUCAGUUAACAGACAGCCCACAUUUUUUUGUACAGAUAAACCUUUUUGUGUAAGCUGUCACUGGUCCAAAAGAAUGGUGCCACUCUGUGUAAAUACAUGACAUCAUUAUUGCUAAUGUUACAUCUUUUUUACCUUUUUUAAAAUAAUUUCAGGCAGAGAAAUUGGACAUGUUAUAGACACAAAAGGUAAAUAUUUAUAAGCCUUAAUAUCCAGAUUCAAAUGCUCCAAACUGAUUUCAAUACAUUUCUUUUAAGAACUGGUUGAGAGAAUUUAACGAAAGAUCACAGAAUUUUUCCUUGGGUGAUGACUGAUCAUUUUAAUAAUUCUUAGUGCCUUUAAUUUCUUCUUGAUUUUGUGUAUAAUAAAUGGUGCUAGUCACAUGUGGGACUAAAAUGGUCAAGCAGUGAUGCUUGAAAUUUUUGCAAGUUUAAUGUUGACGUGGAAUUAUGAAAUUGAACCAGCUGAGCAAGUCAUCUCAUGUUGGUCUGAAAUACAUGACAGCCCGCAGCAAGUUGAGAGGUUUUUUUUUGUUUUUUUUUUUUCAGCUUAUGUUUCCAAAGAGCACUCUGAUAUUGUUAAGUGUGUUGUUUGCUAUGAAUCAAGAGUUUAUAGCGGAGGGUAAGAAGUUUUGGUCAUGAUUGUCCACGCAUAUUGUCUAAAGCUGUUGUAUGUAAUUCCAAUUCUUUGCUGUCCAUUUCUAUGGCGAUGCAUUUAAUUUAAAUACAAUAUUACCCUUAUUUCUCUGUAGGUAUGAUCAGAGGUUCAUUGUCUACGACUCAACAUUUUCCUACAAAGGAAACAAGAGCUUGUCAGUUGUAACAAAGUAAGUUUUUUGUUGUGAUUUUUGUUCUUUAUAGAUAAAGUUCCAUUAUUUUUGAUGGAACAUUUUUACAAUGCAUAUCUUUCUUGUUCACUUCUCAGACUACCUAAGGCCCAUGAUGCUGGAAUAAUCUGCAUGUGUCUGGCACGAGACUCAGAUAACAAUACUUGGUUAGUAUGUCCCUACAAUAAAACAUUGUCUUGUUAGAAGUUGGCCUAAUUUUAUUAGAUAUGUCAAGGAUUACAAGUUUAAUACAGGAUUAAUCAGGGUUGUCAUUAAGAGCCGGGGGCCGGGGAUUUUCCCCGGCUACUACGAGAGUGGCCCCCGGCUACUUUUAUUGGAAAAUAGAAGAAAAAUAGAACCAAAAGAAAUCCCUAGCCGUUUGAUUCCCCGCCUACUUGUUUUAUUUACCCGGCAACUUGAAAUCUUAGUGACAACCCUGAUUAAUAAUAUUAAUACAGGAUUAAUAAGAUUCAUGCUCGUUAUGAUAGACAUCACAAUGAUUAUGUUAUGAUAGACAUCACAAUGUGUCCCCCAGCAAUGAUCCUCACCUUAGAAGGCAAGCAAUUUUGACUACAUGAAGUCAUAUGGAAAUUUAAUACUGUUGAACAUGAAGUACGUCAGUUCCACAUAUUCAUGCAUUACUGGGCAUGAGUGAACUGUCUGUACAGGGUGUACUUGCUGUUGAGGCAUUAUGGGAAACCAAUUUGCCGCUUUGAUUUUAUCCAAUAAAGUUUACUUCAUAUAUUUUUGUAGGGUUUUAUCUGGUGCAUUUGACAAAGUUGUUAAGGUGUGGUCCCAAGAUGGACAAGUGAUGCACAAGUUUGAUGGAUUCAGGUUUGUAGCGUUUACCAGUGAGAUACUCAUGCCCUCUUCUUGGAAUCAUAUAUUCCAAAAUGAUGACAUCAUUAUUAUUCUUUUAUAUGGUAAUUGGCCCUCAAUGCCUCAAUUCCAGCUGGAAAUUCUUUUGAAUUCUGAAGAUGUGAUUCAUGAGGCAUUGAGGACCGAUUAACUUAACAACAGCAGGCCAUUAUUAUGGCUACUAAAGUGGAAUAGUUUGCUUACCUGUAAGUAUCAACAUCUUUAAUAUGUUGUUUGUUACAGCACUGCAGUCACUGGAGUGUGUUAUGUAAAACCCAUCAAGACAAUUUGGGUGGCCGCUGGAACUGAAGAGGCUGCCAUGUAUGAUCCAAAAUCUGGAGAGAAUGUGAGUGUCUUGUACAUUAAAUAAUGCUUUUUCAGAGUAAUACAAUGCUAUAGAUUAAGUCAUUAAGUCAAUUCGAUUAAGGUAUGAUCAAAGAAGUGGUCACGUUUGAGUGUUUACCUAAUUUCCUAUGCCAUCAUAGUUGAGUAUGAUCAAAGAAGUGGUCACAACAAGGAUAUAGUUGCUUAACAUAGCAUUUUAACGUAUUUUAAUUUCCAUAUUUUUAUGCCUUUUCAUCUGUUGAGUCUAGCUGAAAGUCUAGUGAUCUGAAAAUUAUAGGGAAAAAAAGGGUGAAAAAGUCCCGAAAAUUGCCUUUUUAGGGUCAAAACCUUUAAAAAUAUCAUAGAUGGAUAUACAAGAAAUUUUACAACAAACGAAAAAAUAGAUCUCAAACAUGGAAUUUUGAUCCAGGCCCCAAUCAAAUUUAGCAUGGAAUUGAUCCAGCUAUAUUUGUGAUAAUAAAAUAGUUUUCUUUAUCAGUUAACUUUAAGGAGUAUCUAUCUUUUUGCUUAUAGGUAACAGAUUUUAUUGGAACAUUUCAAGAUGAAGAAAACAAUGGGUGAGGCAACCUAACUUUUGUGUUGACUUAAUUAUAUGAUCCAUUUUUCAGUCAGAUAUUUGUUAUUGAUUUAUUUCAGCUUAUGCUCUUUAUUGUAUCUCUCUCAACUCUGCAGAGGGCUCCGGGGAGAUGAAAAAAAGAAAGCACAUGGGGUUCGAAUAUUGUUAUUUUUAUUGAGAUACCUAGUGGGAACCUCUGCAUAGGAAAGACUAUAUUUUUAUAUCCUUUGAUUAUUCUUUCUAGGUUCCCACUGGUAAUGUUUCACUACAUUUCUGACCUGGGGCAUGUCAUAGGUAAGUUGUUUUUACAUGUACCCUGAUUUAUAUAGAUUUAGCUGGGGCUAAAAGUGAUGCUCUCAUUGAUAUCCUUAGUUUACUCAAACAAAAUAUAAAAUUGUGUUAUGCUAAACGACAACGGCAACAAAACAGCCAAAAAAAUCAGUAGGUCUAAUAACCAAAAAAACAACAAUGCAUGUGCAGCACACUUUUAUGUACAUUUCUUUGCCAUUGUUUUGCAUUUACCGUCGAAACGCACAGGUGCUUGAAAUGCAAAAUUUCACCCUGGCUUACGUGAAGGGGUGGAUGUACAUACAGACGUAUGGACGAUUUACCAGUAACACCUACCCUUCCUUAGAACCAAAAUUUCUUUGAUGCAUAGGUAACCAAGUUUUCUUACCCAUGCAGGCGAGCUCCGCUACAACUUCACCCUUUAAUCCCCAAUAAAUUAUCCACAUAAAAAUUCUCCACACUGAUCUCCAUACAUUUCCUUAAAGAAUUAGUUGGGAGAAUUUAUUCAAAGAUCAAAGCAUUUUCCCUUAGGUGAUUAUUUUAUUAAUUCUCAUAAAUGUUUCUUUUAAUGAGGUAUUGAUACUGUUAGGAGUAAAUUGAUGUUUGUCAGAUCACUUUGCCUAAAUUGCAAUCAACCACAUCUUAACCCCAUGUCACUAAGAUUUCAAGUUGCCAGGUAAAUACAACAAGUCGGCUGGGAAUAAAAAAGCUAAGGAUUUUUUUUGGUUCUAUUUGUCUAUUUUCCUAUGCAACUAGCUGGGCCAUGUUCAAAAUACUCUAAGGUAAUCCCCAGGUUAACGUCCUAGUCUGAGCAUCUCUGCUACCUACAACAAUUUAAGCCAAAGAGCUAAAGAAUUUCAUGAUUUGUCAUUUUAAUGUUUUGCUUUGUGUCAGGUACAAAUAGUAGGCGACAUCUGAUCUUGUGGAAAUACAACUCAUCUGGCUGCUUAACAACAUUGAAAAACAAGUGUGCAAUGGAGUCUCUUACUUACAGUAAGUUUUUAACUCGUACUGUUUUAUUUUGCACUACAUUGUACAGUGUUAUAAACAUUACCUCAGAAAAGUACCGAUCAGUAACUUUCAUUUGAAUGGUAACUCUAUAAGAUUUCAUCCACAGAAUCAAAAGUUAGAACCACCUUAUGCAACAUAAUAAACAGUACCACAAGAAAGUACUGCUGAGCUCAGAAACUUUCAUUUGAAUGGUCACACUAUAGAAUUUCAUCCACAGACUCUAAAGUUAGAACCACCUUGUACAGCAUGAAAAGUAGCUAUCAUUUGAAGUCGCACUUAAGGAUUUUUCAGUACGUCCAAACUACAUUCUUUCCUGUUGUUUUUCCAGCUCGUAAAGUUCCCUUGUUGAUCUUCAGUGGUGGAAGCAAUGGCCAUGUGUCAAAAUGGGAAAGAUUACAAUCAAACAACUUCAUGUACAGGUUACUAAAAACAUAGCAGUCUAUACCACCACAGAAUAAUUUAAGAUUGUAAAAAUUUUAUUAAAAACAACUUUCAAUUUCAUAGUGUUAAUUUAUGGCUCUUGCAUGAAGCCUGUCGACCAUAAAUUGGAGAGAAAACAAAUAGGUUCUCCUUUGACUUUUUUUUACUUCUACAGUUCAUAGUCUAGGUGAAUUUAUGAUCUCAGUUUCUUAUAGAGUCACGGCGGCCAUAUUGGUGUCCCAAACCAAUCCUGUGGGAGUUGAACUCUUUUCUUAUGCAAACCCUUUCUUUUGUUCCAAUAAAUUUGCAUAGAUGCUGGCCACGUGAGUGAAAACACUGUGUUUUUUUCAUUUUGGAUUUUCCUUGCUUACUUCUAGCAAAGAGAUAUUUUUGCAAAGCGAGGCCAAAUCACGGCUGACUGCACAGAUAGCUGCAAAGUAUGACUGGCAUGGACCAAAGAGGAUUCUGGGUAAUGAGAGCAGACCCAAGCCAUCCUUCCUGAAUACUGUCAACCAGGUAAAGAACUCAAAUACUGCAUUAGCGUAUUAUCACUAUUUUUAAUGUUUUCUUAGCAACAUUUUUAAAAGAUCAUGCUUGAAAUAAAUGGCCUAACAGGAGAGUGUUAAUUAUGACCUUGUUGCUCGCAGUUGCAGAAACUUGGAUUUGAAACUUGUGUUCAACGGCGUUUUUCCAAAACGUUUCAGCAAGGUUUUCACCCUGUAGCUCAGAACAGUUUUAGUGCCUUGUAAUUGACUCAAAACUCUCACGGCACGUUCUUAACCAAUCAAAAUCAGUGGUGAUUUGCUGACGUGUUUUCCGGCGCUUACGACAAGCGCUGAUUGGUUCAUUUAAUUUGCAGUGCAUAUUAGGGCCAUUUAUACAAGGAAAAAUAAGACGCGUCUUACAUAAGACGCGAACUUUUUCCUCGUAUAAAUGGCCCUAUUGUGACUGGAUAAAGAUUAAAGAAAUCUCCAUGGUUGUGAUUUUUUAUUGUUUUUACAAUUAAGUAGUCGUUCAUUACUCCGGAAUUAGCAAGCUUAGAAAAUUAGGAGUAUCCCAGUUCUGCCAUUUUCUGCCUUUCUGUUUUUAUCUAUAGUUAUCAUCUGCCUCUGAACACACCAGCAACAUUUCUCUGUUGAGGUCCAUCUUUGUGGAGAACCUUGAUUUACUAGUGGUCGCCUCAGAAGACAAUAAUAUUUGUAAGUAAUCGCAAUAAAGACAAAUUAACCUCUUCAGAACGUGGAGUUCAAAAGCGUCGACGAAAUAAACGUUUAUCGUCCACUUGAAAUCACAGAGACAUGAACAGCUGUGUGAACUUUUUGUACCUCUACUGAUUUUAGAGAAACGUCAACCGUCGAUGUUGGGAGGGUACAUGUUCUCGCGCGUACCCAAAUUCUUCCUUUUCCUUUCCCAGUUUGCCACGCAUGCUAAAACAGUACCAUGAUGCAAACAACAGCUUUCACUGAAUGGUGCUGGAUUCCAUCAGCUACCGUUAGAGCGCCUAUGUGCAACAAGAUUUUGUGGUUUUGAUCCCUGGCCAGAGUCAGACCAAAACUUGUGGUCGUAAAAUAGUGUCUAAAAGAAUGUUUGCUGGGCUUCACGUGACAUGGAUAAUCACGUGAUACGGGCGAGCACGUCUCCAGAAGGAGGCGUCAUUUCUCCAUGCUCAAUGCCUUGAUACUUUACUCAAUAACCGCUUCGUUACUGUUGACAAUCUAGAUGUCUGGGGUUUUGAUGAAGAUGCUGUUAAAGUCCUGGAAAACAUGAGACCGGCCGAUGAAAAUCUGAUCUAUAAAUAUGCAAUCCUGCUUGGUGAGAAAGCCUUUAAACCAAUCAAGAAGGACAAUGAGGUAAAGUAUCUGGCUCUUUUGUUUUGUUCGAAAGUGACGCCAAAAUGUACAAAGACUUUGCCUUAUUUCUAUGGAGUUAAUAUAGACCCUGGAAAAUUAUUGUCAAUUUUAUUUUCAGUUUACAAUAACAUUGACAAGUUUUGCGACGUCCAUUCCAUUCGGUGAAGUAUCUUGGAGAAUCUGGCGCGCUAAAAGUCACAACGACAUUUCCGUGUUAUUUGCUUUCAUCGGUCAUAGCUGUCGAUUGAUCAGCGCGCGAGAAAUCGCUCAGUUGUAACAUCUCGCUUUUACUGAACACAUACUUUAUCUGUUUGAAACGAUUAAGUGUAGGAAAGGAACUAUAGAAUGCUCUAGUACAUAGUUGGUUUUGAACUUUGUUUCUUUGCUUUUAGGGUUCAAAAGAACAUGACUCAGUUACCAACCGAGUGGCAGGAUUCAUCUGUAAACAUGUGUUUACUGAACAUAGUAGCUGUGUUACAGGACUGGCUGUAGUGGGUAAAGAAGCUGGCUAUAAUACAACUUACUUGGUAAGAUCACUGAUCAAUAGCUAAUUUUUCUUCGAAGAAACACUAUAUUUUACCGCUUUCAGUUCGUGAGAUUCAAGGAAAUGAUUGUUAACGUUAACUUGUGUGGUUGUACUAUCAUAAAGUCAUAGAUGAUUUUAUCAGAGAGCUUUACAUUUAAGGACGAGAACGCGUCCGAGUACGAGAUUUAACUUAAAGUUUUUGCGCGUGUUCCCACAAAAAGACACCCCGGAAAGCUUCAUUUUUUUCCUUUUUUCACCAAAAACGUUAGUACGGUUAUUUAUACUGAAGGAGGUUAAGCCCUCUCCCGAUCGCAAAAUGAUAAAACUUCUUACAUUUGAUAACUUGUUUCCGCCACUACGACAUUUUCGCCAAAACUUGUAGUAGGAUGACGACGGCUAUCACGUUUUCCCGCCAAAAUGACGCCGGCUCACGCGCACGCAAUACUUAGUAUUGAGAGAAUCUCGCACUUAUAGUCGUCCUCGUCAUCGAAUCUAAAGCUCUCUGUUAUAAGAAAGUCGGAACAUUAGAAAAAUUCCCAUUCCAGAAACUACAAGGAGAAUGGAUAUAUACAAGCUUUGGGCACAGCCAUUUCUGGGAUAGUUAAGGUAAAAAAGCGACACUUAUGAUUGGUUAAUUUUGCCUUGAAUAC